AUGCAUCGUGCAUUCAACGAAUGGUCAGCUGUCUCAUCAGUGGAUUUUCGAGAGAUUCCACCCGAUGUGAUAUCAAGAAUCCCUCCUGAUAUUCAUAUUGCGUUCGAAAAAGGAGAACACUCCGAUGGUUUUUCGUUUGAUGGGCAGGACGGCGUAGUAGCCCACGCAUUCUAUCCUCGUGACGGGCGUCUUCAUUUCGAUGCCGAAGAACAGUGGAGCUUGAAUUCUCCAGAAGGUGUUAAUUUGUUCCAAACAGCUGUUCACGAGAUUGGUCAUUUGUUAGGAUUGGAGCAUUCAGUGGACACGAGGGCGGCAAUGUUCGCUGCCAAGAGGCCAUAUGAUCCUGCAUUCACUUUGGGUGACGAUGAUGUUCGAGCUAUUCGAUCCUUGUUCCCACAAAAAGAUCCGGAUCCCGUGGCUGAUAGUUUUAGCAAAAAUUCUGGAACGAAGGAAUCCCAGGAAUUCAAAGAUAUAGUAGUAAUGAGCAAGAAAGUAUUGAAGAAGUUUGAUGGAAAACUGGACGAAGAAAAACAUGAUCCCUUCGAAUCGUCGACAUCCUCUUCUUCAACACCUAUCUCCUUCUUCCCAUUCCCUCUUCCAUCAAUCGAUCAUUUUCAAAGACGAAACGACUGGUUUGUCGUUUAA